AUGCGCACAGGAGACCCAGAGAAUGUAUCCUCAGAAUACAUUGGGUUCGCUGUGGCAUUUUCCUUCAUGAUUAUAACAGACCUUCUUGGCAAUACUCUGGUCAUCUUAGUUAUCCUCAAGAACAAAAACAUGAAGACAGCUAUGAACUACGUUUUGAUCAAUUUGGCGAUCGCUGAUAUCUUGGUAGCCAUCUUUAUGGGGAUCAAGUUUGUGAUUGGCCCAACGUUUACCCAUCCAGCGGGACAAAUAGGGGAAUAUCUUUGUAGAUUCAUUUCUGGGGGAACCACUGCAUGGACUGCAGCAGUUGCGUCAAUUUACAGCCUGGUUGCUAUCGCUGUUGAAGUUUUCUAUGCCACUUUUCAACCCUUUAAGAGACGGGUGGGUAAGGGGAGAAGCCUUCGAGCGACUAUUGUGGUCAUUUGGAUUAUAGCAGUGUUAUGGGGCCUUCCCCUAUACCUUUCAGUCACAUACAACGAUGAAAUGAAGACGUGUGCAGAACAAUGGCCUCAUUCUAUACUACCAAAGAUUUAUAGCUUUGGAUGGAUCAUUGUGGGAGGUGUAAUUCCUAUUGUUGUCAUGAGCGUUAUUUACUUCAAGGUGAGAUAUCAAGUG